AUGUUUCGCAGAGUUGGAUUUUGCUAUGGUAAGAAGCUCUCUUUCAUCUACCGGAAUGCCCGAUCCGUCCCACUGCCAGAGAAGGCUGAGUGUGGUGGCGAGGACGCAUUCUUAUCCUUAUCUAAUGUCCAGGCAGUGUUGGAUGGCGUGAGCUGGUGGAGAGAGAGCGCAGGCUUGAACGCCGGCCUCUACAGCGCUGCAUUGGCUCGAAGCAUGUGUGAAUACAUCGAGGAUGAGCUUCUCGGUGAUGCCCCAGCGAGCUCCUUUCGGCUUCUUGAGCGCGGCUACGAAAACUGUAGGCACAGCGAUAUGGUUGGCACAUGCACAGUCCUGGUGGCGACGCUACAAGGGCCCCAGGAGGAGAUUCAGUCGAAGGAUCACUAUAAGGUAGUACUGUUGGAUGGACCGUCACUGCCAAUCUCGGGUGUUUCCACUAUUGGUGAUCCACUCGCAUCUACAGGUGCUGCUUUAACCGCUGCCGCUGCCUCCGGCACCGCAGCAGCCGCAGCUACCGAUGAUACGUUGAGCAGCGCGGAAGUGGCCAAGGAGUCCAUCGCUGACUCAGAUGACGCCAUCAUGCGGACGGCGACGACCACAGACCUGCAUCAAGCCUUCACACGAUUUCAACGCACGGAUGGGGCAGACAACUACUUGUUGGACGUCGUCUACAUUGGCGACUGCACAAUGAUGCUGAUUCGUGGCGGACGGGUGCGCUACGUCACUGAGGAGCAGGCACAUCAGCUGGACUACCCCUACCAGCUGGGCACCGGUAGCAAGGAUAUGCCGAAGGAUGGCGUGCGUCUUCUUAUACCAGUGGAGAAGGGCGAUGUAGUCGUGAUGGGCACCGAUGGCAUUUUCGACAAUCUGUACCCACACCGAAUAGCGGAAUUGUUGUGGCCACAUGUGGAGCGUGUUCUUCGUCAGCACGGAUACCUGCAAGCGCUGAGUGGUGAAGCAGAGAAGACCCCGGCAAGCUUCAUGAGUUACGCGGCAAAUCUUAACCUUCGCACGCUUCUCGACGACAUGAUGGCAGCACUGGAGAUGGCCGCGAACGCCAUCAUUGUUGACGCCACAACUGUUUCGCGUGACGUGCGCUGCAACUCUCCAUACGCCUCCAAGUGCAUAGAAAAUGGUGCCCUUUUCGAGGGCGGCAAGCCAGACGACAUGACACUGCUUAUUUCUGUAAUCGGCGAUUGUGAUGACGUCCAGACCGGCGAUCAAUUUUCCAGUAGUGAGACGUCGUUCCCAUUGCCGUACCGUGACUGGCCAUGA